AUGAUUGAAUUUACAUCAUUAGGGUUUAUGUUUUACCCUUGUUCUUAUGAUAUAAUCAACAGCUUUGAGUCUGGAUCGGACAUUGGAGAUCCAGAAGUAGGCUAUGAACUCAUUCCCGCUUCUCAUGGUAACUAUCGUAUAAAGAGCCUGUCAUAUGGAAAGUUGUUGAAGAGAAUAAACCCCGAGUGGAUAGUGGCUCAUGCUGAAGUUGAAGACAACUCUAAUGACACCUUGUUUUCAUUUAUCAAAGUAAGCGACAAUGUCUUUGCUCUUUCUUAUUUCGCCAACCAGAGGUUCUGCGGUGGAGCCGGAGCUCACCAUUGCUUGAGUGCGUCCUAUUCGGAACUAUCAAAAGAGACGAGGCUGAUAGUUGAAGAGCGCGUCGUGCAGAAAAAGAUCUCAAAUGUAAGAUACCGGCUCGACCACUCCAUUAUCUAUGAUGAGCAAGUUCAAGAGGUUGUUACUGAAUUUGCAACAAAUAAUAGCCCUGACAAAGAAAACACUACCACCUUAGAAUUUUCUCAAACUGAGUCCAUUACCGCUUCAUGGAAUAACAGUCAGUCAUCGAGUAUUGGAGCAUCUAUGAGUGUAGGUUUCGAAGUUGAUGAAGUUCCAUUUGUUGCCAAGACGACGAUGGAGGUGUCGUUUGUUGGUGAUCAGAGGUGGGUUAUAACAAACGAACAGCUGUAA